CUUGAGUCCGCCAGCUCAAAGCAUAGCAUAGCCUUGCUGUCAUACACUUUACUGAAGAUUGAGGCACCAGCCAUUCGCUGGCCGUAUUCUGACGUCUUCUAUGGCGAACGGCACAUGACCAUCACUGUCUUAUUCAGUGGCAAGCAGCUGGCACAAACCCCAAGCGAGGAUAGGAAGUCACUUUCGUUGGUUCGAUACUCCCACCAUCUGGUGCAGUUAUGCAUAGACAUGUAAACGAAGAUGCGGCCUCUGAAAUUAUUCGUUAAAAAGAGCCGGGUGCUCCCAAUUCUUUGCCCUUUCCCCAGUACCAAUUCAUUGAUAUGGUUCCCGAAGAACACACCUCAAGUAGCGGACAAUCCUCGAUUAAAGCUCCUCUUCAUGCAUCCUACCACUGCAUCUAUGUACCCUAGAAGUCUACCCUCAGUGAAAUUCUCAGCCAAAAUGCACUUGCGUUUCGAUCCCGAAUAUGCCGAGGCUGCCGGCCCUAUUAUGGAGAGAUUGGCUGAGACCCCCAAGCCAAAAGUGCACGACAUCAGCGCUCGCCGCGAGGGAAUCACUUAUAUUUGCGAAUCCCUCUUUGCGGAGUUGCCGACGGUUCCAAGUGUAGAGAAGGAGGAGUACGAGUUCCAGUCUUAUGAUGGCUACACAAUCUCCAUCAAACGGUUCUUCAAAAAGAACAGCGAGUCUCCUGGGCCCGGCCGCCCAGCGAUUCUUCAUGCCCACGGGAGAGGCAUGAUCCAGGGCACUGUCGAUCUAUACAGCAAGUGCCUUUCCAUACCGGACCAAUAUCCAGAUCUUUUUAGUGGAAUACCGGCUGGCAGCCGAGUUUCCGCACCCGACUCCUCUCGAAGAUUGCUAUGCUGGGUUGCGGUGGCUAUAUAUUAGGGCAGACGAUUUCGAGAUCAACCGCAAUCGCAUUGCGGUCAUGGGAGAGAGCGCUGGAGGAGGCCUGGCUGCGGGCAGGGCUCUCCUAGCUCGGG